CAGCUCGGGCUUCGGUGCCUCGCUCUCCCUCGAGUUGGUAACGUAGCCGGGUGGUCCGGCCGCCUCCUCCUGCAAGGCGCGGCCUGGGGAAGAGCCACCGGCGCCCUUCCGCUGCCCGGAAGAGAGGCACCAAAAGAGGCAAGUUGAGAUGGAGACAGAUGGUCAUCCCUGUGCUGAUCACUUUGCUAGUUUUUUGAAAUAUAUUCUUUCCAUAAAAAGAGACCAAAACAUGUCAAAAAAUACUACCCUGGAAACCUCAUAAAUACUAUAGUGUGAAGAACCCUCCACUCAGAACAUACUGUUGGUCCUCAUACAUCUCAGGAACAGGAACAUUUGAUAAAGAACGGCAGGCUGUUGACCAUGUCUUUGGCCAAUGCAGCGGAAACCCACGUGGAUGAGCGUUUCCCCGGGGUGGCAUUAGAAAACCCCAGGAGGUCUGCGGAGCUCGGGAGCCACCCUGGCACAGGCACAGGCGACCAUCCAGGGACCAGCAACGCCUCCGACAAGAGCGUGGAUUACAGCCGCUCGCAGUGUUCCUGCCGAAGUUCUUCUCACUAUGAUUAUUCAGAAGACUUUCUCUCCGAAGGUUCAGAAACACCUGUUAAUAGAAAUUAUCUAGAGAAGCCUGUGGUAAAAGGGAAGAACGAGGAGAAGAAAAAGUGUAAUGUUUCUAAAAUCUCCCAACCUAAAGGCCAGAAGGAAAUCCCAGUUGAAAAAAAGCGCAGCUGGAAUGCACCAUUUUUAAAUUCUCAAAUCAAUAUGACCACCCAAAGAAGAGGCGUUAUGGCUCAUCGCAUACUCUCGGCAAGGCUUCACAAGAUUAAAGAACUGAAAAAUGAAGUAGCGGACAUACAUCGGAAACUGGAAGCCACAGUAAUAGAAAACCAAUUUUUGAAACAACUUCAGCUUAGGCACUUGAAAGCUAUAGGAAAAUAUGAGAAUUCACAAAAUAAUCUACCUCAAAUUAUGGUUAAACACCAGAAUGAAGUAAAAAGCUUAAGGCAGCUACUUAGGAAAUCCCAAGAAAAGGAAAGAAGCAUAUCUAGGAAACUCAGAGACACCGACGGCGAGCUCCUGAGGACUAAAGAUGCUUUGCAGGCGCUGCAGAAACUUUCUGAGGACAAAAAUCUUGAAGAGAGGGAAGAACUUACUCAAAGAUUGUCUAUUCUUAAGACAAAAAUGGAGGCAAAUGAAAAACAAAUACAGAGCUUGGAACAACAACUGAGGUUGAACAGGAAAGCCUUUAAUCGCCAGCUGGCCAUUGAGAACCACAAGACUUGUGCCGCUCAAACAGCCACAAAGACUUUGCAGAUGGAAGUAAAACGCCUUCAGCAAAGACUUAAGGAGAAGGAUCGAGAGCUUGAAAUUAAAAACAUCUACACUAAUCGGAUACUUAAAAAUUUACAUGAAAAAGAAGAUUAUCCAAAAGUUUCUUCAACAAAAUCAGUCCAAGCAGUCAGGAAAAGUUUUUCACUUUCAAGUGUGAGACACCAGGAAACCCAAAAGUCGGAAGACAGCCCAUCUUUAACAGCCAAGGGUAAAAAGACAACAGGAAGCGUUGGCCAUAAAGCGAAAUCAAGGACCGUCAUCCAGGCGGUUCCUCACCUUCUCAGCCAGGUGGCUCCUCACGUUCUCAGCGACCCGCCGAGCCAGGGCGACUCCAAGAGGAAACACGAAGGUUUAUCCCAGGAAGAGGAACACUGGGAAGUGGAGCCACCUCUGAAGAAUACUGGAAGACAAAGAGAGAACAAGGAAGAUCAAGAAGAAAAAGCCACUUUAGUGAAAGAAGAACUACCACCAAAAACAAUUCAGGUAACUCCUGAAAGGGAAGGCAGUCAGGAGGAAGACACAGUGAAAGAGAAGUUUAAAGGGCGUCUACACAUAAGCGACACGGACGAGAGACGUGAUAAACAGGCUGCCCCAAACAGCAAAACAUCCUUCAGACAGAGAAAGCAUUAUUCCUUCACAGAAGCCAUCGAAAACCUGCAUCACGGGCUCCCGGCUUCGGGCGGGCCAGCCAACGCCGGCAUCCUGAGAUACGGUCACAGCACAAGCAGACGUCGCGGCAACGCGCAAGAGCUGAAGCUAGAACCCGCGGCUAGCGGGUAUGAACCCUCCUUCGGGAUCUCUUCCAGAACCAGCGCAAAGGAGACGACAUUCCGAGAUAAGAAAAGCAGCCUAAUGGAAGAACUCUUUGGCUCAGGCUGUGUCCUAAAAGAUGAGCAAACAGGUACCGGAGGGUCUGAGGAGACUUCGAGAAGUAAGAAGAUGCUCCACCUCCCUCCCAGCCAGGCCUCGGCCAGCAACGCGUUUGGAGAUUCUAAAGUAACUAUGGUAAAUUCUAUGAAGUCCUCUUCACCCACAGAAGGAAAAAGAAAAAUAAUUAUUUAAAUAUAAUCAAUAUCCUAAUACA